GGGGGGGGGGCUGCCAGUCAGCUGGUUUGAUAAAUACAAUGCCAGUCUUUGUUUAAUUUUCGUGACGCAGAAAAUUAAGGCGGCCUGAAUGCGGAGUCCUGGCUGGCGUCCUGUAAUCAGGCCAGCGCGUGCCGUCCGGAUUAUCUCGUUAAUUUCUUACAGAAAGAAGAAGGGGAAAAAAUCUGGUAGCCAAUAAUAAUUAAUGGCUGGGCAGUUUUUUUUUUUUAUUGAACGGAUGUCGAGCAACCGGUCGCCACGGGUGAAAAAAGUGACAGAUUGAGUGUAGGAGUGGCCGUUAUUGACUGUCCGAACGGAGAGCGCUGGGAACUUUAUUCUACAGUAUGAUGUCCUAUUUGAAGCAACCUCCGUACACGGUAAACGGACUGAGCUUAUCUACCUCAGGCGUGGACCUGCUGCACCCUUCAGUGGGAUACCAAGCAACUCCUCGCAAACAGAGGAGGGAGAGGACAACCUUCACUCGGGCCCAGCUCGACGUGUUGGAGAAUCUGUUCGCCAAAACCAGGUACCCGGACAUCUUCAUGAGAGAGGAGGUCGCCUUGAAGAUCAACCUGCCCGAAUCCCGCGUGCAGGUCUGGUUCAAAAACCGACGAGCCAAACAUCGCCAGCAGGCCCAGCAGAACCAGAGCGGAGUGCAAAACAAGAGCGUCAGCAGGCCCGUGAAGAAGAAGGGCUCCCCGGUCCGCGAGGCGAGCUCCGAGAGCGGAGCCAGCGGCCAGUUCACGCCGCCCACGAGCACCCCUCUCCCGCCCGCGAGCAGCGGCGGCGGCGGCGGCGGCGGCGGCGGCAGCGCCGCGCCCGUGUCCAUCUGGAGCCCGGCCUCCAUCUCCCCGCUCUCCGACCCGCUGUCCACCUCCUCCUCCUCCUGCAUGCAGCGCUCCUACCCCAUGACCUACACCCAGGCGUCGGGCUACAACCAGGGCUACACCGGAUCCUCGUCCUACUUCACCGGCAUGGACUGCGGCUCCUACCUUUCACCUAUGCACCACCAGCUGUCCAGCGCCGGCGCCGCCAUGAGCCCGAUGGGCGCCAGCGGCGUGUCCAGCCACCUCAGCCCCGCGUCGUCGCUCCCCUCGUCGGCGUACGGCGCGGCGGGGCUCGGCUUCGGCGGCGCCGCCGACUGCCUGGACUAUAAGGACCAAACGGCCUCGUCGUGGAAGCUCAAUUUCAACGCGGACUGUUUGGAUUACAAGGACCAAGCGGCGUGGAAGUUCCAAGUGUUAUGAGGGGCGAGAGUCGAAGAGACGGUUAUCAGCAACUACAGACUUUACAGGCGAAUGAAAAACCCAGUUGGGAUCGGCGACAGGCCCCAAAUUCUACCUCGGGCAGAGCAGAACAGAGCAGAGCCGGACUUAACGCCGGAUGUCCCACUUGUUGGGUUAACUUAUUGAAAACUAAGACCGACUUCUCCCCAACUUUGAUCAAAGACGCGGAACAAAUUUGUUGACCAAAAGGAAAAAGGAUCAAGAGAGCGAGAGAUCCGAGCCCUACUUGGAUGAGUUUGAGGAAUAGGUCAGGGUUUCUUUUAAGCUCCUUAAAGGCUCCCCUCUCUUGUCUUUUUUGAUUUUGUUGGCACGCUGAACAGCCACUUUGAUCAAAGCGUGAAGUGCGUGCGCGUGUUGUCAGAAAGCGCGCGCGCGCGCGCGAGCGAGCGGCUCCGACGCGGACCCGGAUGCACUACUUAAUUUAUGAGAAAUAUUUGUUGAAGGCUAGUUAGAAGAGACAAUCAGUCAGCUUGCGUGUGCUCAUAAAUGUCCCUUAUGUGUUUCUGAAUUAUUAUUUCCCCCGUGUUACUCUUUUUAUUAUUGUGAUCCCUCGCUCCCUGUAUCGCGAGCUUGCUCCGCGCAGCAGGAGCACGCGCGCGACAAAGCCAGUGAUGCAUUUGGUAGAUUUUCUCCUAUGUGUAAAAUGACAAAUGAUUAUAUGGAGUAUUGGCUGGCGCAAAUGGAGGUGGCUCGGGGUCCAUCAGAACCUUCUGAGCUGUAACGUGAGACGAGGAGACAAUAAAAACAUCUUGAAGCGA